GCCGUGACUCUCAAAGCAAGAAUGCGCUGGAUGUCGCUCUGGAAGCGCCUCUUAUUACCUUGCUCCAGAAGAGCGCAGCUGCCUCACAGCAAUGGGCUUUCCUUGCAGCCACCUUGCUCGAAACGCUGUGGGAUCACUUUCAUGGCCCGCCUUACAGACCCGGGGCCGAGGCCCUCUUACCUCACACCCUUUCACCAGCACAGGAAGAUUGGCUUGAUUCCGAUCUUGGCGAGGUGUUGUCCAACAAUGGCCUACCACUGGACUUGCGCACUCGGCUUGCCAAUCUGCGCCUUUGGCACGAGGCUGGCCGUCCUCCACCGGACCGCCUUUUGGUUUACACCGACGGCUCAGCUACCACUGGGUCUCAUGAUGUGCAACCGUGCGCAUGGGCCUUUGCCGUGUUUGGAGUGUGUGGCUUCGACACCUUCUUGAUAGGGCAUGCCUCCGCAGCUGCGCGGCCUCCGGGUACGGAGUUUUACCUGGGAGAGUGCAUUGACGAUGCUCUCACUGCCGAAUUGCUCGCUUUGUGCUGGGCACUAUCAUGGGCGGCGCAGUUUGCCGAGAUCUAUCAGGUCACUACUACUUUUCUCUAUGAUUCUCUCGCUGCUGGAGAGGGCACCUUUGGUGCCGCUGCCCUAGUCUCCGGUGCUCACCCUGAGUUUUAUCAGGAGCUUGCCAAGUUCGCUGUCGUGCUGCGGCAGUAUGUUGAAGCCCGCACGAAGAUCGCGCACGACCAUGUGCAGGGACACUCAGGCGAGUUGGGAAACGAUCUCGUGGACUCACUGGCCAAGACGGCGCGGAGAGUUUCGGCACCCGAUGACCAACUUGUGCUUCCAUCUUGGCCGGCAGCUCUGGCCGCACACCCGCUCCGGGAGUGGGCCUGGGCGUGUGCUCCUGGUUUGAAGGACGUGCCUUGCCCAUUUAACUUCGAGGUUGAAGCUCAGCUUGCACAGGAGCACUUUCGACGACCCAGUGUCGCCCCCCUCUUUGGAUUGGAGUGCAAAGAGCUGCCUGUACAGGCGGAUGCUCUCUCUGGAUUUCCAAAGUUGAACCUUAUGGUCAAGGUACAAGUUAUUCAUGCUCCGUCGGCCGCCAGCGUGCCUGUUGCAGAUCUGACUAGUUUCUGGUCUGCUCGCUUGCACGAGCUCAAUACUCGGCCGGCUGGAGCAGACUUCAUCCUCCUGUGCGAUGCGAAUGCACGCUUGGGCAGUGUUGCCACUGAGGCGGUAGGGGCUCACCAUUGUGAAGAAGAGAAUGUUGCUGGCACGCUCUUUCACGAUUUUCUGUCCAGGGCACAAGCCUGGGUCCCAGCCACUUUUGCAGGUAUCCACCAGGGCGCCAGUGGCACGUGGAGGUCCCCCCAAGGACAGUGGUUCCGGCUUGACUAUGUUGUAGUCCCCAUUGGGUGGCUGGACUUCACCUUUUCUACAGAAGUGUUGUAUGCCGUGGAAACUCUCCAAAAGAAAGACGAUCAUGUCCCACAGGUACCUUGGCACGUCGAUGUUGACGCGCAUUAUGCCCAGCUUUCCAGCUCUUGGAGGUGGCAAGCGCGUGGACUGACCGAACGCAGUGCGCCAGAACCCAGACAGCCUUUUCUGACCGAUUCCACUCUUGGACUCAUUGCCUUUCGCACUGCUUUGAGGCACUAUUUAAGAACUGAGGCGGCGGAGCGGAGCAGGAGGUGGCUGUUCAUUGGUUUUGCCGCCUUCGUCUUGGCCAGGGAUCAAAAUGCCUUCACGUCAGGUGCGUUAAGGAGCGCAGACGAGUGGCUGUGGGAUCUUGAUGUCAGUGAAGCCAGAGCCCUUUCCGCCCUGUAUGUUUCUUCUCGGACCAUCCGGCAGAGCGUGAUACAGGACAGGUGCCAGUAUUUAGAAGGUCUUGCCUCACAGGCUGCAGCCAAGGAUCUUCGGGAUUCGCGUACCCUUUACCAGUCUAUCCGCAGGGCCUUUCCGGCCGCUCAGUCCUCCCGCCGAAGAGGACCCAAACCGCUACCUUCUCUUGUCUGUGAUGAUGGGACUCCAGCCCAGACGUUUGCUCAGCGUAACGAAUGCUGGAGAGCGCAUUUUGCUGCCCAGGAGGCUGGCAUUAAAGUGAGCCCUGAUGAGUAUAUCGAGCACUUUGCCAGCUAUGCACAGCGCACUCCGUGGGCUAUGGACAUCCAGGCAGUUCCUACUCUACUCCAGGUUGAGAGGCAUAUACGAUCUCUUCAGCGCGGUAAGGCAGCAGGCGCAGAUGAGAUCACGGCGGAAUUUUUACGUCUCGAUGCGCCCGUCACUUCACGACAGCUGUUGCCGGUACUCCUCAAGGCCUCGUUGAGGGCUGUUGAGCCGGUCGUGUUCCGUGGUGGGGAGCUCUUCCUCCUGGCCAAGCGUGCCUCAGCCUUGCUAGGAUGCGAUGGCUAUAGAUCAAUCCUAGUGUCUUCUGUGCCGGGAAAGGUCUACCACCGUUGCCUCAGGCACCAGAUCUUACCAGCCUUUGUCAGCCAGAAGGCGGUGUACCAAGGCGGUAUCCAGCCCGGCCAAGGCAUUGAGCUCAUAUCUCUGGUUGCUAAGACCUUCUUUGGCCAUGCCAACGCCCAGGGCCAGGUUGCUGCCCUGAUCUUCUUUGAUCUUAAGGCUGCCUUCUACCAGGUCUUGAGGCAGACGCUAGUUGGCACAUGUGACAGCGACGUUGCUCUCCGUCGUCUGUUCCAUGCUCUCCAUAUACCGCCCACCGCCUUGAAAGAGUUGAAACAGCAUCUUGAAUGCGCAUCACUGUUGGCGGAUGCUGGUGUAUCCAGUCACUCGCAGGCUCUGAUCACCGACCUUUUUGAAGGCACUUAUUUUCGUUUGUCUACCAGCGCGGUGAUUACCCUCACGCAGCGUGGAUCGCGGCCGGGAGAUCCGAUGGCCGACAUUUUAUUCGCGUUCACACUUUCUGCACUGACGCGUGCGCUGCAGGAAACUCUGAGCGGGCAAGGGCUUCUUGCCGAGUGGAAACAGCCCUCGAAUCGGCCAAGCUUCAUUCCUUAUGAAGGGCAGUUAGAUCUGGGGUGUCCUUCCUGGGCGGAUGAUUUCUUUCUCCCUCAGACGGCUCCUAAUUUCGCGUCCCUUGUGGAUAAGGUAACCAGGUCUGUUGCCUUGCUUGAAGAAAGGGCUGUUGUAGCAGGCAUGACCAUCAAGUAUGGUCCUGAGAAGACUGCCGUUCUCCUUCCUGCCGAGCUUUUAGCGAGGCACUCUACGCUACUUGCCACCCAUGAAGGUUGUUCAGGUUUGUGGAUACCGGGCCCUUUCCAAGGGGUUUCCACGUUCCUUCCGGCAGUACAGGCCUAUCGUCAUCUUGGUGGUAUCCUUACCUCGGAUAUCAAUCCUACCCCGGAUUUGCAUUUGCGCUACUCACAGGCUAUGGGGGUCAUUAAGCCGCUCAGGCGUCGGCUUUUUGGGGCUCUGAAGUUUGACAUUAAGGUCAGAAGCAACCUGCUGAGGUCUCUUGCGGUCUCACGAUAUGUACACUCUUCGGCCUCCCUUAUGCUUCCUGCAGCCAUCCAUCGACGCUUGUGGGAGCGCCAAUAUCUAUCGCUCUGGAGGCCGUUAGUGGCACGGACUGCAGCUGACAUGCAAGCGCACAACUAUGAGAUCUUGCGGGUAGCCCAGGCUCCUUCCCCCCCUUUGGCACUUGCCAAAGCUCGUGCCGGUUGUCUUGCCAAGCUCUUCCUCAAAGGCCCUGUGGAGCUUUUAGCUCUUCUCUGGGAUCACUGGGUGCAAGCCCCCAAGAAGUCGUGGCUCGGUCAGCUUCAGGACGACCAUGCUGUUGUCGCUGCCCAUGUUCCAGAAAUCAAUAACUGUUUGCACAGUUCGUGCGCAGUACAGGGUAUCCUUGAGGCUUAUGCUGAAGAUGCCCAAUGGUGGGGCAAGCAGGUCAACAAAGCUGUCAAGACUUUCCUGCAAGACCUCGAAGUUUGGAAGCAGGAGCGAAGGGAGCGUCCUCGCCAACAGGCGUUACGUGCAGCCCAGGCAAGUGCAGCCUUCUCCUGCUAUCUCUGCGAUGCUUCCUUUCCAUUGAGGAAGCAUUUGCAUGCCCACCUUGCCCGUACGCAUCAAGUCUAUUCACCAGCCAGACACUAUGCUAUUGGGCCCGCUUGUUCUGCGUGUCUGCGGCUUUUUCCGGAUGUUGUGCAGGCGCAGCAACAUCUGAAGGUCUCUGGCCAGUGCCUCCAGCGUUGCCUGUACCUUCAUCCGCCCCUCACGCUUGAAGAAAUUCGCAUACUUGAAGCUGAUCGCCAAGCACAGGUUAAGCGUAUCAAGCAAGGCGGCUGGAGCACCUAUGUCGCUAAGGGGCCUCCACGGCGCAACCCAGUUGUCUUCGGCCCGCGUAUGCCCACUGCUGAGGAUAGGCUAACAGGUGCCGUCGAGGAUGAAAGCGACAUGGUGGCGUCGCUCGUUCGGCCCUUUACACCCAAGGCUUCACACGUAGUCUGGGUUACUGACUUCCUUCAAGGAAAAAGUAAGGAGGGCACUCGAGCAAGCGCAAGGUCUUUUUGGGCCCAGCGCCCGUCGUUUCACUCAAGAAUUCAAUAG